AACCAUAUUGAGAAAAACGUAAAUACGACCCAAGUUCCUCCCUCGGUCUUCUGCUGCAAGAGAGCGCGGACUCGACACGAGCGGUUUCAAGGGACCAGCGCUGGCAGGAGAUCUUCUGAGGGGAAAGUAGCAUCUCUGCAAAGUUGCAGCUUAGUCUGAAAAGUUUAUAUAUUACUAGGCUGCAUUAGUAAAAAACGCUACAAUGGCUGGUCUGAAGUACAUGAGCGGUUUUGGAAAUGAGUUUGCUUCUGAGGACCCUCGCUGUCCUGGAUCUCUGCCUGAGGGACAGAACAACCCACAAGUAUGUCCAUAUGGUCUAUAUGCUGAGCAACUCUCUGGAUCUGCUUUCACCUGCCCAAGGUCAACCAAUAAGAGAAGCUGGCUGUACCGCAUUUUACCCUCUGUGUGCCACAAACCUUUCAAGCCGAUGAGUUGUGGAGAUCUCACAGAGAACUGGAAUGAAGUGGAGCCCGACCCCAACCAGCUACGAUGGAAGCCGUUUAACAUCCUCAAGUCUUCUGAGAAAAAAGUGGAUUUCAUAUCGGGUCUGCAUACAGUCUGUGGAGCUGGAGAUUCAAAAUCUCGUAAUGGAAUCGCCAUCCACAUGUACACCUGUAACACUUCAAUGAUUGACAAAUGUUUCCAAAACGCAGACGGUGAUUUCCUUAUUGUGCCUCAACAAGGCGAAAUCCUGAUUACUACAGAAUUUGGGAAGAUGAUGGUGGAGCCCAAUGAGAUUUGUGUCGUUCAGCAAGGGAUGCGCUUUAGUGUUGAUGUGUUUGGAGAAACCAGGGGAUACAUUCUAGAAGUGUUUGGGGCCCAUUUUGAGCUGCCUGACCUGGGUCCUAUCGGGGCUAAUGGACUGGCUAACCCUAGGGACUUCCAAACGCCUGUAGCUUGGUACGAGGACCGUACUGUAGCCACAGGUUACACCGUUGUCAACAAGUACCAGGGAAAGCUCUUCUCAUGUCAACAGGACUUCUCGCCAUUUAAUGUGGUGGCAUGGCACGGAAACUACACACCGUACAAAUACAACCUGGAGAACUUCAUGGUCAUCAACUGUGUGGCGUAUGAUCACGCAGAUCCGUCGAUUUUCACCGUUUUGACAGCCAAAUCCACACGUCCAGGUGUGGCCAUUGCAGAUUUUGUCAUCUUUCCUCCUCGCUGGGGUGUAGCUGAUCACACCUUUCGGCCUCCUUACUACCAUAGAAACUGUAUGAGCGAGUUUAUGGGAUUAAUCAAAGGCCAUUAUGAAGCGAAGGAAGAAGGUUUCCAACCUGGAGGAGCCAGUCUUCACAGCAUCAUGACUCCACAUGGUCCUGACGUCGACUGUUUUGAGAAGAACAGCACAGCUGUUCUGAAACCAGAGAGAGUUGCUGAGGGCACUAUGGCAUUCAUGUUCGAGUCAUCCUUCAGCAUGGCGGUGACCAAGUGGGGCCUGGAAACCUGUCAGCGUCUCGAUAAGAGCUACUAUAAAUGCUGGGAGGCUUUAAAAAGUCACUUCAAUCCAAACUGGAAACCCAGCAGCAAGUAGACAUGAAGAAAAUGGUUAUACUACAAGUCAUCAUAAUAUCUGUAGACAUGUGGAUCAGUGAUUCACAAUGGUUUUUAUGUCUAGAAUUGAGAGUUAACCAGAUGUUCUGUGAUAUCAAAAUAAAACAUGUUAUUGGAAUAUAACCAAUAAAACAACGCAGGGUUUCUGCAGGUUUUCUAAAUAUAAAUUUAAGACCUUUUUAAGACCAAAUAAAGAAAAGGAAUAAACUGAAAAGAACACGUCGAGGGAGCACAUCAUAAGUUGUAUUAGCAACAUUUUAAAGUUUUAAAACACUACAUUCAAGGGGUUUCCAUUAUUUCUUAAUUCAUUUCCCAAAAGUAAAAAUUGCAGCUUUAAUAGCUCUGUUAAACCACUAGUAUAUGGAAAUAAGUUUUACUGUACCUGAUUUAAAAAAAAAAAAAAUAAUGAUCUUCUUUAGUAUGUUUGUCUUGUUUUCAAUGCAAAUGCAUAAAGAUUCUUAAUGACAUACGAAAAAAAAAUGUUUAUGAUUAAAACAAGAACAAAUUUCUGCGAAUGGUCUAAGAAAAUUUAAAGAGAAAACAAGUUUAUAUACCUCAUAAGCUCGCACAACUCUAAUAAUUCUUCCAGAAAACAAGACUUGUUAUUUUGCAUCUUAAGUUGCAUUGCAUCUUAAUAUAAGGAUGUUUAGAUAUUUGUAUUGGAAAACUAGAAAACAAUACUGAGGAAGAUAUUCAUUUUUAAGCAAUGCAUGCAACAUUUAAUACUAUGAUUUUAUAAAUUAAAUUAAAUUUGUGGAAGGGCUUAUUAAUUAGUCCUGCAGAAACCCUGUAAAUGAAAUGACA